AUGGCUGGCGGUGGGGGAAAGUCGAUGUGUAUGCGGCCUUAUAUGUCAGGCUUCAAAUCCACACUAAUCCAGCUGAUGUCAUUUCUGAUUGGCCAGUCGCCAGUCAAUACCCACCGCAUGUUCCCGCGGGCGGGCGCUCGCCGGGUCAUGUUUCCCUACCGCAUGAGUGUGCAUGUUCCCUACGAGGGUGAACAACAGGCCAACUUGAGGAAAAGUCGUGUUGUCUCUUACAGCAAAGGUCGAUGGGCCAUGCCUAACCUGCCGCAAAGUCCGCGCCACAGUCUAGAGCCCCCUCGUGUGUACCAACAGAAAUCUGAAUCACCCGGAUAUGAGAGAGCUCUCGUUAUUUGA